CAAGCAAACGUCCGCGGAUAAUACGCUCUGCGAAAUAGCGCAUGAGAUGAGGCUCAAAAGUGAUAAAGAUGCUUGAUGAUGUGCAACAUCUCUUUCGCUCCUUCCUAUUUCAAGGAACUUGCAUAAUUCCACUGAUUCCACUUUUGUGUUGCAUUGAACGUAGUGGUUGGUGGUGGUCAGUGGACGUCUGUGAUCGUGAAUGGGCAACCAACAUCAGAGGCUGAUCAGAGGCCAUUUUCAGGCAGAAAAGCAAGUUGUCUUAUUUGAAUUCCGUUCUGUGACAUACAAAUUUUUCAUCGACUUUGUGGAAGAAUUGUAUGUCUGUCGCUCACUUAAAGGGGUAAAAAGUAAAAGAAUGGAGUAAGCUAAAUUGAUAUUGCAUUUACUCUUCUGUUAACUUUUCUGACAGCUUUGUGUAAAAUAUGAUUAUAUUGUAUUAAAAAAUACAUAAAAUAAACAUGAUCUUAAGUGGCUAAUAUUAUUGUGCUGUGACACUCACAAAAGAAUUCAUUUACCUAAGAAUUAUUAUAAAUCUGAAAUAUUUUUUAUAAUCUACAAAGCUUUUAAUUUUUAAAUGCUGACAUUGUAAUUUUGUAAUUCUAAAUCCUGAAAAUAUUAAUUCUGUAAUUUUUAACUAUUGUUGUUAUAAAAUAUUGGGCAUAAUUGUCUCAUAAGUAAUAUUUGCUUCUCUGUCAUAUUUUAAUGUAAUACAUUGUUAUUGGUAAUUUAUCAUGUUGCCAUCAUGCUUUAUCUUCUGUAUCUUUUCAGGUUCAACUCAAGGUUUUAAAACUACUCACCAGAAUUAAAAUCGGUCCUAUAUUUUUUUAUGGCAUUUCUUUCUUUCUUUUUUUGUGUAAAUCCAACAUGUUCCAAAUUCAUUAGUUUGCUGAAAACAGACAAGUUAGAAAAUAAAAAUCUAUUUGAAGAGAGAUGAAAGCAAAUUAAAUUUUAUUGAAUUUGCUGAUAGUAAUAGUUGCAUAAUGGAGAUUCAUGAUGUUCAGAGUCAAAACCUGGGAUCCCCAGUUUACACUCUCCAUAUUCAGGAAACAAAAGAAUUUCCUUCUUCUCAGUUAGUAUUAAUAAAUGAUGCUGAAAGUAUUGGAAAUGGUACUUUAAUGACACAAAAUACCUUGUUAGAAAUAGGCCUUGAUAUUGUGAAAAUUGACGAUUGGCAAGAAUCUGAUAAAGGAAAAACUGAACUUCCCCCAGAGAUGGGCAACAAAAUUACCAGAAGUACUCAUAUAGAUAACACGAAUAAAGCAAACCAUGAAUAUGUUGACAAAACUGGAUCUAGUGAACUAAAUGGUAACAUCUCUGAAAGUGAAACAUAUCGUGUUAAAAUGGUACAAGCGCAAACCAAAGAAAUUACAAAGAGUUACCUAGAUCUGAAAGAAGCAGCUUUCGCAGUUCAUGGCUUAGAUCUGUCCUUGCCAAUUGAAUGUGACAUGUGUAAUAUUGAAUUUGAUGACCUGGAAAAAUUUGAUGCUCACAUGAAAGAACAUGAGGAAACAAAGCGUUAUAUGUGCCAGCUCUGCUCCAAGACCUACAUGUCAUGGCAAAAUCUUGUAGCACAUCGCAAAGAAUUGUUGGAGAAUAUGUUGAAAGAGACUAGAGAAACUGUAGAGAGAUCUGAAGUUGAUAUUGAUAGUGAAAAUGAAGAUCAAGAGGAAAAGUCAGUUUUUUUCAGGUGUAAAACUUGCACAGAAGAAAUUUCAAUGGAGACAUAUUUGACCCAUAAAAAAAUGCAUCCUGACAUUUGUGUCUUUUAUAAAUGUCCUUAUUGUGAGAGAGUGUUUUAUACUCAUAGUCGUUUUAUUUCUCAUAAAGAAGGACAUGGUAUAAAAGAAUAUAAAUGUAAAAGGUGUCCAAGAAUUUUCAAAAAUAAACUGUAUUGGGAUAUACACAAGUUAUCUCAUGUUAUUUCUAAACAAUAUAAUUGCUUUAACUGUCAACUGGAAUUUGUUGUACCUGGUGAUCUGUCCAAUCAUAUUAAAGAAGUUCACAACCCCCAUCCUGAGAGGAAGUUAACUUGUGACAUUUGCUUUAUGCAUUUCACUGUAGAAAGGUUUAUGAAGCAUUAUUUACUUUGUCUAACUCAGUUAAAAAGUCAGCAAGUCUCAGUCAAGAAUGAACAAGGCAACUAUACUUGCUCUGAUUGUAAUGAAGUGUUUUCAAAUCCCAAAGCUUUGAUUCGCCACAAGAAAGUUCAUAGUUUUGCUAAAGACCCUCAUUUAUGCGAAGUGUGUGGAAUGUCAAUUCAAAAUUUGGGAGCUUUCAUUGCCCAUAUUCGAUCACAUGGCAAAGAGUACAGUAGAAAGUUGGUUGAAUUAAAUGGUACUUCAGAAAAUGAGGUGCAUAAUUAUGAGGGAACUAUAAAAGGAAAAAAUUUAAUGUGUGAAUUUUGUGGUAACUCAUUCAGGAACAACAAGCUCUUGAAACUUCAUGUACAAAAACACAAUAAAAUCAAACCUUUUGACUGUACUAUUUGUUCUAUGGCCUUCUAUACUGGAGAGCAAUUAACUGUUCAUAUGCGACAUCAUACAGGCGAACGACCGUAUCAGUGCACAGUGUGUAAAAAAUCAUUUGCUAGUUCUGGAGUUCUUUAUGCCCAUAGGAGACUGCACAAUAGUACCAAACAACAUGUUUGUUCUGUGUGCAACAAAAGUUUUCUUUGGCGUUCUGCCUACCACAAUCAUAUGCGGAGUCAUUCAGCAAUACGACCAUUUAAAUGCAAUGAAUGUUCUAAGACUUUCUUGUUCAAACACAAGUUAACUGCUCAUAAAAAUACUCAUGAAAAGGGAAGACCAGCAGGGUUAAGCCAUCAGUGUACUGAUUGUGGUCAAAGUUUCAGUUCUGCCAGUGAAUUGCAAAACCAUCAUGAAAAUAAAUGCUUCCUUUCCAUGAUAACAUUUAUGCCAACUAGUGAUGUGGUAAAUAAAGAAUAAUCUCUUAUUUUUUAAAACACAAUGGUAAUUUUACAUUUUGUGGAAAAAGUUACCAUUGUCCAUAAAUCACAGAGCUCUUGGCAUUAUAAUUAUUUUUAAAAAGUCAUAUAUUCAAUAUUUAAAUUUUUGACUUCAUUGUUCAUUGUUAAAAAUUUGUAUUGUGGAUUGAUUUCAAAGAAACUUUCAGGAGCAGAGCCAGAAAGUGCUUUCUAUGAAAUAUCUUCAUUAAAAAGCGUUUUAAAUUAUCUCUUGUCAUGUACAAAUAAUAUUAUUUAAUAUAUUUUUUUACUAAAUUAUUAUAUAGUUCACAUAAGUAAUAGAUUACAUAUUGAAACAUUUGUAGGUCCAUGGGGACAUAUUCUCCUCCGGCCCAUUUUACACUGGGAUUUGCUAUUUGAAAGUGCUUAAAGCUGCAUUGCAUACAGUAUUUUAAAAAGUUUGAAAUAUUCUUCCUAAAACUAUUCUAGAAAUAGUCAAAUGUCAAUCAACAUUCUUUUUUAAAAUUUUUAUUCAAGUUCUGAAGUCAGUAAUACAACACUCAUGUUAGAAAUUUUCAAGAUGAGUCAUUUUGAAAAUUAAAUUUAGACCUUUUAGUCAUUAAUUGUUCAGAAAAUAAUAAUACUUUCCCAAAUAAAAUUUUGACAUGAAAAAAAUAAUUUUUCAGUGGAAAGGGACUCAAGUUUCUCAAACUAAUUUUAUUUACUAUGAUUUCUUGGUAAUAAAUAGUGAAAGGAUACAAAGCAAAUGUUUUAUAUGCCAACGUUUCAAUGCUUUAUUACGUCUUCUCCUGUACAGUAAGAUAUUUUCAACCCUCGUCA